AUGUUCUGCCUCUUCUGGGAUGUGUCCACGCCAUGCUCCGUGUGUGUAUACGCUCUGACGGAGGGAAAAUCUCAACUCAAUCGCUGCAAAAGCAAGAGUGCCAUGCCAGAGGGGUCCCAGUCUGCUCUCCACCAGGACCCAAUGGGGGAAGAGUCUGCUCACCUCUCCGCGGCGCUCUCCCAGCCCGGACAUGAGCCGCCCCAUACAGACUCCGACUGCUACAGCCGCGUCUGCAUGGAUCCUGCAGAGGGCGAGAGCGAGCGGCCGGUGAGCCUGGUGUCCACCCUGUCCUCCGGAUCGUCCCGGGACAGUCACAGUCUCUUCGGGAGCACCGCAGCCCUCCCCUCCUCUGCCACGCCGCCCAUCCCCAGCGAGGACGACAUUGACCUGGAGCUCAGUCCCACCCAAUGUAACGAGACCGAGAGGACAGAACACUGGACCGAUGUGAACCAGUGGAACCAGAAUAACGCCAAACGAAACGGCACCAUUCGCCAUUUCCAGCCUCCCCCUGUCAUAACGGACGCCAUGGCGCCUAACCCUAAAUUGACAUAUGUGGACCGGGUUGUCAUGGAGAUCAUUGAGACAGAGCGCAUGUAUGUUCGAGAUCUGCGGAGUAUUGUGGAGGAUUAUUUGGCUCACAUUAUUGACACAAACAAUCUCCCUAUUCGACCAGAGCAAGUGUGCGACUUGUUUGGAAACAUUGAAGACAUCUACGAAUUUAACAGCGAGCUUCUCCAGUCUUUGGACAUGUGUCAGAGGGACCCCGUGGCAGUGGCCCAGUGUUUUGUGGAUAAGAGCGAAUCCUUUGAAAUAUACACUCAAUAUUGUAACAACUACCCCAACUCAGUGGCUGCACUUACAGAUUGCAUGAGGUGUAAAAAUUUGGCCAAGUUCUUUAGGGAUCGCCAGGCCACUCUGAAGCGCUCUCUGCCUCUGGGUUCAUACCUGCUCAAGCCAGUCCAGAGAAUCCUCAAAUAUCACCUGCUCCUUCAGGAAAUUGCCAAGCACUUUGACCCUGAUGAAGACGGUUGUGAGGUGGUUCAGGAGGCCAUAGAGACGAUGACAGGCGUGGCCUGGUACAUAAACGAUAUGAAGCGGAAGCAUGAGCACGCGGUCCGAGUGCAGGAGAUUCAGUCGCUUUUGAUCAACUGGAAGGGUGCUGACUUGACCACCUACGGAGAGCUGGUGCUGGAGGGAACUUUCCACGUGCUCCGGGCCAAAAACACACGCUCGCUCUUCUUGUUUGAAAAGAUGCUUCUCAUCACAAAAAAACGGGGAGAGAACUAUGUGUACAAGACCCACAUCUCUUGCUCCACUUUAAUGUAUCUGGAUAACGCUAAGGACCCCCUGCUCUUCAGCGUCAUCCAUUUCAAACACCCCAAACAGCCUCACACUGUGCAGGCCAAGUCGGUAGAAGAGAAGAGCCUCUGGUCACAUAACAUCAAGAGGCUCAUACUUGAAAAUCACAGCACGAUUGUUCCACCAAAGGCCAAGGAAACCAAAUUGGAAAAUGCUAAUUAUCCGGGAAAGUACAACUACAGUCCGGAGAGGAUGAAGAAGUCAAGCAAUCAGGCUGAGGACCAGCACAGAAGGGGCCGCAGGAGAUCAGAACCUGCUAAACAGAUAUUUAGAAGCGCAAAAGCUGUACUGAAGCACGCAGACAGUGAGGGCGCCCUGCUGGGAGACAGGCGGUCUCUCCAGCUCCCCUCCAACACCGAGCACCAGGCUCACGGGCCGAGUGUGAAGAACUUUGUAGCCUCAAGUGAGCAGCUAUGUACCCCUGAAUGUGACGAGAGAGCCGGCUGUCCUACCGAUGGGGCAAAUGACUCUGACAAGGCCACGGAGGCUGAGGAAGAUGAGGAUGAAGGAGAAAAUUACAAGGAUAGUCUGAUGGGGGGCGACCAGGUAGCCGACUUCGCCAGCUCAGUGCUGGCCGCCAUUUCCUGCUGGCAGUCUAGAAGCAGGGCUAUGCUUUCUACUCACUUCACAAUGGAUGAUGUCAAAGCCGAUAGUAUUCAGAACGUGCCAUUGGAGGAGACAGAGACUCGGGGCCUGGGGGACCAUUAUGAGGCUGCUGCUGGAACAGAAGCUCACACAACGCAGGUCUCGGUGGAGGACAUGUGCCCUCUCGACUUUGUUUCUCCCUCCGAGUGCAGCCAUCAGAAUGAGGUGCCGUACUGUCACACCCCAGAGUCCAUACAGACCAGCACCCCGGAGCUCCACAACACAUCUCAGGAGACAGUAGAAGAAGACGAAGCAGGAAGUGACUCCUCCGGUUUUCAGGUGGAGGAGACAAACGUUCUGACUAAUGGAGAGAUGUCGGAGGAGGAGCCGGAGAUGGUGGCUCACAGUAAAAACAUGCUGAAUCAGGCCAGCGUGAUGAGCGAGCGAUUUAUCACCAGCCUUUCCAGACAGAGCAGUCUCAUCUCGGAGGACUUGGGUUCUGUUGCAUGUUCCUCACCUCUGACUGAUGAGCCCUUUACCAGCUCCUCUGCAGCUGUAGAUGUAGUUAAGGACAUUCAAAUGUUCACUAGGUCUCCAGAACCACCUUUGUCCUCUCCACAUCCUGGGCUACAUGACUUUGUUACAGAAGAGCGUCGGACCACUCUUUCGAAGCAGGAUCGGCUUCUCAUCCACAAAAUCAGAACAUAUUAUGAACAUGCCGAGGACCAAGAUGUUGCCUUCAGCAUCAAACGCAGGGAGAGUCUGUCGUACAUCCCUGCUGGGCUGGUUCGACAGCUGAGCCGACAGAUCAACAGUGUGCCUCUCGAUCAGGCCACUCCACCUCACCGAAAGGAACCUGCCCGAAUGAGACCCACUUCCUGGUCUGUGUUUGAGCUUCCUGGUUUGGACAAGAGUCAAAAUUCUGAUUUGAUGUUCAACAGUGGCGUUCAUGAGGACUUCAGGCAUCCAUCAGAGAUGCUCCGAGUUUGGGACGAAAUGGCUUUAAAGGAGGAAGAGGCUGCAGAAACUCUGAACACUACAGAAGAGCCUUUAUCGAUACAAAGCCCUCUUAAUUACAGUCUAGAGAGUGCAGAAGAAAGCAUCACACAUGAGGAUCACACUGCAGAACAAAGCCCCACAAACACCCCCGUGUCCUCCCCACUCUGCCUGGAGCAGGCUAAAGAGGACCAGGACUCUGAACAGGACCAGGGGCAUUUCAGUCCAGAGCAUUUACCCACAAGCAUCAGAUUUAGGACAAGUAUGGACGAGGACCAAAUCCUCCAUGAUAUGGGAAAGAUGAAAAACAAAGUUUUUCAUUUGGCACGUCAAUAUAGUCAACGCAUCAAAAAUAACAAACCAAUGAAAUGGCAAAGAACCCAAGAAACAGGGAAUCAGUCUGCUCUAAACAUGCCGGCUGUGCAGGAGGAACGGCUGCAGUUAAGAAAAAAUGGUAAACCAAAUCUCAGAUUGGCCUUGAAUGUUGCGACUCAAGCCGUGAUUCAUGAAGUGAGUUCUCCAAGUCCAGUGCAGAGUCCGAGCUCUGUUCUGAGCUCCCAGAGCACACUUGUGUCUCCUCUGACCCCACAGUCUGAGAACUUCCACUGGCCCGAUGUCCAGGAGCUGCGCUCCAAAUACACCAAGGACAACACGCCCACAGCGUCCCUGACCAGCACACCAGUCCAAGACCCCGGCGCCCUGACCAUCAGAGACCAGACUAACUCAGAGAAGUGCAGCAGCUUCUCUGACCUCCACAAAGCUCUGGCAGACUGUCCCAGGUCCAAGUCUGUCCCAGUGCAGUGCCGGUCUGGGAUCGAGGACUGGCCUCUUCCUAAAGGCCGCUCAGUCCUGUCCAGGUGGAGCUCUUUAGACCACAUGCUCGGCUCUCACCCGCUUCAUGAAGUCCAAAACCUGCAGCGUCCAGUGAGAGGCCUCCACACAACCAGCCAGCUGUGUUUGGCCUCGAGAGACUCCGGAAGCAGCGACGCUCUUCAGAUGACGGACACAGCACCAGGCGUCACUCUGGUCCUGAACAGUCUGGCGGGCAAAUCCGAGUUUGGAGAAAGGAGCGUGGAAGAUGCUCCGACCCGCCUCAGCGACGCACACAUUCAGAUGAUCAAGGACUCAUGGAAAGUUAUCCGGGAUGAUAUCGCCAAAGUUGGGAUUAUUAUGUUUGUCAGAUUGUUUGAGACACAUCCCGAGUGCAAAGACGUCUUCUUCCUCUUCCGUGACGUGGAGGACCUGGAGAAACUCAGGACGAGCCGGGAGCUGCGAGCACACGGACUACGAGUAAUGUCCUUUAUUGAGAAGAGUGUGGCGAGACUGGACAACCUGGAACGGCUGGAGGCUCUGGCUAUUGAACUGGGGAAAAGCCAUUAUCAGUACAACGCACCACCUAAAUAUUACAAUUAUGUAGGAGCAGAAUUCAUCUGUGCAGUGCAGCCGAUUUUAAAGGACAGGUGGACAUCAGAGUUGGAGGAAGCCUGGAAGACCAUGUUCCAAUUUGUGGCCGGCCUCAUGAAACAAGGAUAUCAGGAGGAAAGCAUCAGGCAGCGUCAGCUCUCGCUCUCUCCAAAAAACCGGCCCGAAAAGAGAAGUACAGCCCUAUGA